UUCUUUCCCUUCACGUGAUUCUGAGCUCGCAGGCAGAGCCGACAGCUACUCUUCAGCUCCUACAUGCUUUGUCACGUUUUGCUUGCUUCCAUCACCUUCCCUUUCUCUCACUUUCACCUUCUUUUCUCUCGUUUCUCCCCUGAAAGAAUCAUAUGCCUUUCAGUGUGGACUACGGAAGAAAAUAAUUGGGUAAUGGCGGAGUGAGUGACGAGUGAGAGAGAAAGUGCGCGGUUGUUUUGCAUUGAGGAACGAUGCUUGAUAAAAGAAGAAAGUCCCGUAAUGGGUUUUUGUUUUUCUUAUUGAUUAAUGCUUGUUUUCUCCUUUCACUUUCCUCCAUUGUUGCUUCCUCGAAGCAUCACUCCGCUCCUGCUGUGAGCUCCUUGGUACCACCCGAUGCUUCCGGUCUCUUGGCUUUCAAAUCCAAAUCUGAUUUGUGGAACAAGCUUCGCUUCUCGCAGAACACCACCCUCCAUUUCUGUCAAUGGCAAGGAGUUACUUGUUUCCAGUACCGAGUUGUGCGUCUCGUUAUCGAAGAUCUGUAUCUCGGAGGUGUUUUCGCUCCGAACUCACUGAGUCGCCUCGACCAACUCCGCGUAUUGAGUCUGCAGAACAACUCCCUCACUGGACCAAUCCCCGAUUUGUCACGAUUAGUCAAUCUGAAGUCUCUGUUUCUUAAUCAUAACUCAUUUUCAGGCUCUUUUCCUUCAUCAAUCUUGUUUCUUCAUCGACUAAGAACCCUAGAUGUCUCCUACAACAAUCUCAGUGGCCUAAUACCCGCCGGGUUAGCUUCACUAGACCGCCUUUACUACCUCCGCCUUGACUCAAACAGGUUUAACGGCACCAUUCCUCCUCUGAGCCAGUCCUCUCUGCAAAUUUUCAACGUAUCAGCCAACAACCUCACCGGCGCCAUUCCCAUUACCCCAACGCUCUUACGUUUCAGCCAAUCUUCUUUCUCGUGGAACCCUGGUCUGUGCGGCGAGAUCGUGCACAGAGAGUGCCACCCACGGCCACAUUUCUUUGGUCCCACCACGCGACGGCGAAAGGCAUCGCCGCCGCCAACAGUGGGGCUAGGGCAGAGCGCGGAAUUUCGGGGAGUUGAGUUAACUCGGCCGAGCGAUCAGCACAAGAGGAAAAGAACGGCGGUGAUAAUUGGGUUCUCGUCUGGUUUGCUUAUCCUCAUCGGUUCGGUUCUUUGCUUUGUCAUUACAGUGAAGAAGAACAGAGGUCAGAAUGCACAGAAAGAAUCGAAGGCAGUGAUGACGUCCGAUGCAGCGGCGACGGGGCAGGCAGCGGUGGUGAUCCAGAAAGAGCAAGAGAAGGAGUUGGAGGAGAAGGUGAAAAGAGUGCAAGGGAUGCAGGUGGCGAAGAGCGGGAACUUGGUAUUCUGUGCGGGCGAGGCGCAACUUUAUUCGCUGGAUCAGCUGAUGAGAGCCUCCGCGGAGUUGCUCGGUAGAGGAACGCUAGGGACAACCUACAAGGCGGUGCUCGACAACCGCCUGAUCGUGAGCGUUAAGCGACUUGAUGCGACCAGGUUGGCGAGUUCAACUAAAGAGAUAUUCGAGCGGCACAUGGAAUCGGUGGGUGGACUCAGGCACCCGAAUCUUGUCCCACUGAGAGCUUAUUUUCAGGCUAAAGAAGAAAGGCUCCUUAUCUACGAUUAUCAGCCCAAUGGGAGUUUAUUCUCGCUAAUUCACGGCUCAAAAUCCGCACGUGCGAAGCCACUUCACUGGACCUCAUGCCUGAAAAUAGCCGAAGAUGUCGCCCAAGGCAUCUCCUACAUCCACCAAGCGUGGCGGCUCGUCCACGGCAACCUUAAAUCCACCAACGUCCUCCUCGGCCCCGAUUUCGAGGCUUGCGUCGCCGACUACUGCUUGGUGGCACUAGCAGCCAACUCGCCGCCGGAAGAUAUCGACUCGGAUGCCGCAGCCUGCAGGGCUCCGGAGACACGCAACGCCGGCCAACAAGCAACGUCGAAAUCUGAUGUGUACUCUUUUGGGGUUAUGUUGCUGGAGCUUCUGACGGGGAAGGCUCCGUCGCAGCACCCUGUGUUGACGCCGGAGGAGAUGAUGCAGUGGGUGAAGUGCAGCAGGGAGGAGGAAGCCGGAGGAGACGAUGAGAGGCUGGGGAUGCUGGUUGAGGUGGCGAUUGGUUGUAGUUUGAGGUCGCCGGAGCAGAGGCCGACGAUGUGGCAGGUGUUGAAGAUGUUACAGGAAAUUAAGGAGGCUGUGUUAAUGGAGGAUGGUGAAUUGGACCCACAUUCUGGAACGUCCUAGUUGUUAUAAUUGAUGUACUAUUAUACUGUCACUUUUUAUCAAUGAAUAGAAAAAUGAUUAGAGAUAUAAA